CUCUACACCAUGGACGCCGCAACUCUCCUCUCCUUUGCUGCGCGUCUCUCAGCCCAACUGGUCCGUCUCACCUGGUGGCCCAUCAGCAAAUUUAUCAAUGCCUGCAUCAUCCUCCUGCUGCCCUUUUACAAUCUCACCACCUUCAUUCUGCUUCCAUUCAUCCACCUCGCCCACGCCAUCAUCGCCAUUCUAUCCACCCCCUUCAGAGUCAAGUGGCUGGAGCAGAUAGAGACAUUGUACGUCUUUCUCGGCACAGCUGGCCUCGUCGGGUGCCUCACCGGCGCCACUGUAUUCGUCAUCUUCAGGUUCCUGUCAUCAACUCUCCAUCUCGAUGCGCCAAUUGUGCCCGAAGAGCCCGACAUGGGAAGAACUGCCGCUGAAUAUCGUGCCGCACGCCGUGUGAGAAAGGAGCAGAUGAUCGACGAUUCACCGAGCACCACCCCAAUUGUCUUGAAACGAGUCCCUGGGCCCCGCAGACGGGGAUUGCUUUCGCAAGCAAUCAUCGAAGAGGAGGAUUCAGACUUCUUUUGAGCCUUUCAAUGUGCUUGGCUGCUAUUAUUAGGUCCAGUUGCAUCGGCCACCAAGGUAGAGUGUCCGGAAUCGCUCCAAUGCAAUGCCUCGGUUUGAUUGCUAGGCCUCUGAAAGCAAAGUGUCGUUGUGUGCUCCUC